CAGGCGCAUUAGAGACGCAUCUUCUGUCUCGGACUGAAUGAGAGCGAACAGUUGAGUUAUCUAACUUUUGCAACAUGGCCCUUGCAGGUGCGAUGUUGCCUUCGAUAAAUACAUUUUCGAGCAACCAGACUUUGGACGAAAAGCAGGCUGAAAUUGUUCGGGACUGGGAAAUUGAGCACGCCUCAACGGUUGGGGACAUGAGACCUCUGAUCGAGGUGGAGUUCAGCAUUGUGGAGUCGCCACCUCUGGCCAAAGACGAGGACGAGCUUUCCAAGUUUUUGGAUCUAGAGUUCAUUCUGUCCAACUCCGUCACGUCUGACAGUGACAACACGACGCAGCAGCCGCCCGCCUAUACCUUACCGGAGUCACCGGAGAGCUGCAGUACAGUCUACGACAGCGACGGCUGUCACCCGUCGCCAAACGCGUUUUGCGGCAACAACUUUAACGCGCGUCCUGUUCACAGUCUGGUAGCAGAGCUGUUUACACCAGACAUGAAUUAUCAUGGCGACUCAUCGCAUGAUUAUAGUUUGAAAGGACCCAGGCUGGAGUACACUGAACUGAGGGCUCUAAACUCUCGAAACCCGGCGCACUUACCGGUGACCAAUUCUAGUAGUAUGGGAUACAAAAUAAAAACUGAAAACCACGAGCAGUCCUGCAUGAUGGCAAACGACUACGUGGGAAAUUAUUAUGGACAUGAACCACAGCGCGUUAUGCAGCACCAGAGUUACGGGCAUCACGGCAUGCAACAUGAUGUUGCACGGGACAUGUUAGACAGGAAAGACGGCAUUGUGACAGAGAUGAACUCUCACCAGCACGUUAACGUUGCACAUCAACAGCAGUUCAUGAAUAGCGCGCCUUAUCCGCCACAGUACGGCCAGCAUCAGCAGUAUCACGGACAUUACACCGUGUUCAGCGAUCCCUUGCGAUCAAAUCACCCGGCCAUGCAGGGUGUGAUGUUGACUCCACCAUCCUCGCCUCUUCUGGGGUUUUUAAAUCCCGAAGACAGCAAGCCCAAACGAGGACGUCGGUCGUGGGCACGAAAACGGACCGCGACGCACAGCUGUGAAUUCCCCGGUUGUGGGAAAACGUACACGAAGAGUUCGCAUUUGAAAGCGCACAUGAGAACGCACACAGGUGAGAAACCAUAUCAUUGCAGUUGGGAAGGUUGUGGCUGGAAGUUCGCCAGGUCGGACGAGCUGACGCGUCACUACAGAAAACACACGGGACACAGGCCGUUUCAGUGCCACCUGUGCGAGAGAGCCUUCUCCCGAUCGGAUCACCUGGCCCUGCACAUGAAGAGGCACAUGUAAAAAAAGACUUUAUUUUAAACCACGAGAGGAUUUUAUAUUGGGAUAGCAGUUAUGUUAAUAGCAGUCAAAUGUCAUUUGUUUUUUUAAAUUAUGACAGUGGAGAAGUUCAUUUAGAAGAUAAAUUAUGUAGUACUUUCCCAGAUGUAUAGAAAUGGGGCAGGACCCACACUUUGUAUAUAUUUGUAUUUUUUAUUUUGUCUAUACAUUUAUACAUCAGGGAAUAUUUUUGUCAUGGAUUUGCAGAAUAAAAAUUCAUUUUUGUACUCAA